GACACUUGCAUCAAGCAUUUGCUUAGUAGGCGUUCAUGCAAGUCGGUGUGUAGAGUAACCUGUCAUCGCGACCGCUGCUGCAGAUCGGAAGAUGAUUCCAUGCGACUCGCGUGCGCGAUUCACUCCCUCUCAUCUGGCUAUGACCCUGCCGUCCGCGGCUGAGCGAUACGCGUGACGUGUGCCGGCGACACCGAUGCGAGGACGAGGGUGUCCUCGCGGACCAUCUACUGCAACGGACGACGAUGUCGGGCAGCAGCGAUUCCGAGGAGUUUUUCGACGCGGAGGACGACUCAUUUCAUCGCGCCUCGCGAAAAGUUAAACAACGUGAUGUUACCACCAAUGAAUCUCAAUCUGAUAAAGUGUCAGAAACUUGCAAACAAGUGGAUGAUCAUGUUUUUGCAAAACCUGCUGAGCCUAAAUCGACUGUUGAACCAAAGGGCCCUGUGCAACCUAAAGAUAAAGUUGAUGAGGAUGGCAAAGAAUCGACGACAACAGACAAAAUUGUGGGACGGAGAAGAUUUCGCGAGCUUCGUCAACGUAUGCAAACAGAGGACGACGAUAUUCCGAUUAAUAGCUCUCCUCCAGAUAGUCAGACAUCUUCCAUCGAGGGUGUUUAUCCCACCCCUUCAAAAACGACCCAUCCAUUCAGAAUCAUAGAGCAUGACACUCUUAGCUUACAAAGUAUGACCUCUCUAGGACGAGUGGGCCGAAUUCUGGCGGGAGUCGCAGACAAUGCUUCUGGCGUAUUUGUACCUGGUAUAUCCCAGUGCCCUCCUUCUGCCGCCCUUAUCCGUGAGAGUCAGAUGUCCUCCAUUGCUAGUAUUCCAAGCAAAGACGAGGACACAACCUCUGGUAAGGUGUCCCAGUCUUCCAGCAUCCUUACGUUAUCAGGGGAGGUCCUUCAGGAAUCCUCUGUUAACAGUAGGUCCAAUUAUGCUUCUCACUCGCAAAGUGAUAAGAUUGUUAUGCUUCAAGAACCUGAUGUCAUCGCUAGCACAAAGAAUAACGGGAAAUCGACGGAAGAUAUUACGAUGCCUGGUGUGCCCGUUGCCCCACCGCGUCGUAAAAAGAAAACGAAGGCUCACACACCAAGUGAUCUUGCUCCGUCUGUAGAGGCGCUUGUACCCGCAUCGCCACUUCCAAGUCCAGCGAGUACCAUAGAGUCGAUUACCCGAGAAUUCGAGCAUUCUCUUGAUAUCCGAUCCGCGACAAAAGGGCAAUACGUCGUUAAGCCACAGGAUGAGGAUAAAUCAAAAGCUGAAGGACCGUCUACCGAGGAAUUAGAGAGGGUAGAGAGAAUGAAAGCUGAGCUGCUUAGUGUAAGAUCGAGUGAGAAGUCGUCUAAUAGUCCAUUAGGAUCAGUAUCGAGCAACAGUAUUGGCCGUUAUUCUUUAGGCCCGCAUAAGUUCUCAGGGAUGAGCCCACAAGGUUCCAAAGAGCGGCGCAAAUCUGCUGGCGAUCAGGACAUGGUCAAACAAUUGAAUAUGUUUGUGAGAACUAGGACAGAUUCUGGCAAGCGUCUCACUGAUAUGGAGAUCUUGGAGCAAGUGACUGUAUUGAAUUUAGAUACGGGCGAACGAGUGCCAUUAAGUAUAGCAGAGGACAAAUUGCCACAGUGCAUCAAUCCUCUAUCGUUACAUAUUAUGAGGCUUACGUCUGAAUACAUAAGCAACUCUAGUCUUGAGAAGGAAAAAGAGAGUGACGAGGAGAGCGUGGAUAGUAAGAUGUCCAGUAUACCUCCAGACGAAGACGUGUCUGUAGGUAGAGUUCGUAAGCGAACGCAGAAGCUGAAACGAUUCCUAGGUUCCACCGUAAAGAAAACAAUGGACAAGGCGAAAUCCAUCGCGCAGGAGGUGUCGCACGCGAGACACAAAGAGGACGUCAUGGAUAUCGUGGAUGAGGUCUAUCCUGGCGAGCAGCAAUACAUAAAGCUGAAGGCGUCGAACAGCCACAAGGGUCCGUACGAGUUCAGUUGCUUGCAGCACGUUCAGGAUCUUAGCGGGGAACACGUGGGACCCGUUUGGUGCAUGAAGUUCUCCGCCUGUGGUCGACUGUUAGCCACCGCGGGACAAGAUCGUGUUCUCAGGAUUUGGGUCCUGCGAGACGCCUUUACGUACUUUCAGGAUAUGCGAACCAAAUACAACGCCGAGAAAGUCAGUCCCACACCUUCGCAGGAGUCGUUGGUCUCGCAACAGUCCAUGGAAGAUCCUAAUGUCGUGGCUAGUGCCUUUAGUGAGAUAGAAGGAACGAAAAGCCCGUUCAUGCCAAAGCCAUUUUGUACAUACACCGGUCAUACCUCCGAUUUGCUCGAUGUCUCAUGGUCUAAGAACUACUUCGUUUUAUCUUCGUCGAUGGAUAAAACUGUAAGGCUUUGGCAUAUAUCCCGCAAAGAAUGUCUAUGUUGCUUCCAGCACAUCGACUUCGUCACCGCUAUAGUAUUUCAUCCGCGAGACGACCGAUAUUUCCUCUCAGGAUCGCUAGAUGGCAAAUUGCGCUUGUGGAAUAUUCCAGAUAAGAAGGUUGCCGUGUGGAACGAAGUGGACGGACAAACAAAAUUAAUUACCGCGGCGAACUUCUGUCAGAACGGCAAAUUCGCGGUCGUCGGCUCGUAUGACGGUAGAUGCAUAUUUUACAAUACGGAUCAACUCAAGUAUCACACGCAGAUACACGUACGAUCGACGAGGGGAAAGAAUUCCACCGGUCGUAAAAUAAGCGGCAUUGAGCCUAUGCCGGGUGAGGAUAAGAUUCUGGUUACGUCCAACGAUAGCCGUAUCCGUCUGUACGAUUUGAGGGAUCUAAAUCUGUCCUGCAAGUAUAAGGGAUACGUGAACAUCAGCAGUCAAAUUAAAGCAAGCUUCAGCCCAGACGGACAAUAUAUAGUUAGCGGCUCGGAAAAUCAAUGCAUUUAUAUCUGGAAGACCCAUCAUGAUUAUUCCAAGUUUUCUAGCGUUCGUAGGGAUCGGAAUGAUUUCUGGGAAGGCAUAAAGGCUCACAAUGCUGUGGUAACGUGCGCCGUGUUUGCACCAAAUCCCGAUAGUAUUAUCAAGCAAAUCGAGGCAAGAGAACAGUGGGAGAGCAAGGAGGAGUCCAAAAAUGUGGAUAGUCCCAACGUAGGUGUUGUUCCCGUUGAUCCUGUCGUUGAGCAACGCACUAAAGGCUGCGGAGGCCACGUUCUCGUGAGCGCCGAUUUCAAUGGAUGUAUAAAGGUUUUUUUAAACAAGACGAAACCUAAGCAUAGUUCUCUACCAGCAUCCGCACUUGCGUAACGUAACAUUGUAUAUGAAUUUUAUGCGAUAUAUAUAUAUAUAUAUAUAUAUAUAUAUAUAUAUAUAUAUAUAUAUAUAUUUCUAUCAACAUAUAUAUGUAUAUAUGUGUUGAUAGAAAUAACGAAAUAUCUGCGCGCGAAUAUUCUCUCUUUGCCUCCUUAUGUGCUGCAAGUUUCACUACGCGUCCUCUCCGUAACGAGGAGACGCACGGUUGUAUGUAAUCAUUUUUAACGUCAUAUUCUUUACUCUGUGUUGCGCGAAAGCAUUGUUUUGCCGUUACUACGAAGAACACUUCGCACAGGAUAUGUUGAUAAAAUGAGUUCCCACGAAAUCAUGCUUAGAUAUGUUUUAGCAACUAUUAACACCUGUUGAUUUUGCAAACGCGUUCUGCGUAUACAUGUCACACAUGGAUAUUACAAUGUCUAAUACUGUUGACAUUGAGCAAACAAGAGAUUCGAGUGUAUACUUGGAUAUUUUAAGUCUGCUUCUGGAAGCUUUUUCUAUCUUUCCUUUUUCUAUUGCAAUUCGACGGUGCUGGUCCACUGUUACCAUCGAGUUACUAUUUUACGAGAGAUUUAUCAAAAUUAUGUCAUAGUACGAUAAUUGAAAUUGUCGGUGAAAAUAUGUGACGAGUAUAAAAAUCGUUCCAACAUAUAUUACGUACGACAAUGACGAAGUUACAAAUGAAGACAACAAGAGCACCUUGGUGAAAACGAAGUAUAAAAAAAUAAAAAAGAAAAAAAAUACAUGUACGCAGACGACGGCGAGAUAUGUUCAACUAGCUCUCGUUUUAUUAAUUACACCGGACUCGCAGGUUUAUAUAACUUUUUCGAUCGUUUAUCAAUAGGGCGAACUGUUAAAUAGGAAUUGCUAAUUUUUAUGGAUAUUAAAUCGGAUUUUGCAAUCCUGAUAAUUUCUAAAACGCGUUCGAUUAGAAAACAAUAGCUAUAAGAUAGUGUAACACAUCGAAGACAAUAUCAAAAGUGUUUUGAAGUUGAAACACAUCGUGGUUACGUUUUUUCUACAAGCGUCCUACAUAAUUUAGAAGAUAUAACGCGGUGAAACGCGGUCUUCAUCGUGAGAUUUUAGAAUAACGUUUGUGAGACGUGCUAUGAUUUGACGUUGCGAUAUGUGUAAAGGUUGCGAUCCCGUAAUAUGCGUACACAUAUAGCUCACACCUUGUAUAUUAAUGUUUUUGCGGUAGAAAUUGUCAUUUGCUCACGACACUCGCUAUUUAGAUUUUAACGCAAUGUCGUAGAAUACGCCACAUUGAUCCGAUGUUAUAACACAAGGCUCGGCACAUUUUGCCCAUUUCGGCCGAUUCUCGGGAGCUACGUCUUCUACCUCUCUCUUGCCGCGCGGCGGGCCUAAAAAGUGACGGUCGUGCCUCUAAGUUUGGAGUCACAACUGGCCACGACUGUCACUUGCAUGGUUCGCCGCGCGGCAAGGGGGAGAGAGAAGGCGUAGCUCCCGAGAAUCGGCCAAAAAGGACAAAAUGUGCCAUGUAAUAUAACAGGGCCCUUAUUCUUGAAAUAGUUGCGUAUACGUAAGUUUUAUUGCACAGAUUUAAUCACCAUAAAAUAGCUCCGCAAUGAAAAUUACAUAUACUCAAAGAUUUCAAGAAUAGGGGCUCAGUGCUGAGAUUCUGUAACUCGUUAUUGGAGUUAACGACAGUUUCGUUAUCGUUGUGCAGCAACGUAGAAAAGUAUACCGUAGAAAAGCUGCACAACGAUAACGAAACUGUCGUUAACUCCAAUAACGAGUUACAGAAUCCCAGCACAGGUGCGUUAUAUGCAUGUCUACAUGCGUAUCUCGCGUCACUGUCAAUUACGGAGAAACGGAAAUUAUUAUCUUUAAGGAUAAGCAUAUUCUACAUGAGGACAGUUCGAUACUGUCCGAGACUCGGUACAUCAUAUUUCUUAUUUAAUUUUUUACAUUCAACAGCUGAUCUUUAUUUAUUUAUUUAUUUUUAUUUUUAUUUUUUUUAUUUUUUUUUUUGGAAACGUUCGCACAAUUAAAAUAUGAAAUAACCUAAAACUUAUAACAAUGAACAAAGAAGUCCGAGUUACGGACAGCAUAAAACGUGUUUAAAAUGUAUCGUGAUUUUAAUGUAAAUAUACAAGGAGGAUUGUAGGUAUUUUAUGUAAAUGCAAUUGUAAAUACGGUCGCGUGUAUCGAUACUUGUCGACGGUAGGCUGCACAAAAGCUAUUGUUUCCCAUAGCGAAUUGUGUAAUAUAAAAUGUAUUAAUAGUUUACUGGAUAUAUCGUAAUGUGUCUAAUUUUUAGGCCUGUUUCACCAUACGUUGGUACACAUAAACUUACAUUAAUCAUUGUCGCA